GGAGUAGUCUCCUUCUACAUCGUUGCUGCCAUCCUCAUGGUGACAGUCAACAAAUGGGUCCUCCUCACCACCUCCAUCCCAAUCUUCUUCCUCUUCGUCCAGCUCUCCAUCGCUGUCAUCCUGCUCCUCCUGUGCCAGGCUCUGAAACUCAUCACGCUGCCGCACUGGGACCCAAAGACCGCCAAGGCACUCUUACCACUCAUCGGGAUCAACGUGUCGGGCCUGAUCUUCAACAACCUCUGCCUCCAAUACGUCGAUGCGAGCUUUUACCAGAUCGCUCGCGGCUUGGUCCUCCCUAUUACGGUCUCGCUCGCAUUCGCGCUGCAGCAAAGCCCGCCUAGUCUUCGGGCGACGGCGUGCUGCGUGGGGGUGACCGCUGGGUUCUCGGUUGGUGUGCUGUUCGACUCGUACUCGACCCGCGGAGCCAAGGCAACCAGCAUUAUCGGCGUCAUCUUUGGGGUACUCUCAUCCUGCACUACCGCGCUGCACUCGAUCGUCAUCAAGUCUUCCCUUCCCCAUGUCAACAACUCGGCCGUACAGCUCGCAUGGUACACCAAUCUACUGUCGACUAUCGCGAUUCUCCCGAUAUUUAUCCUCAUGGGAGAGGUUCAGGGUGUCUUUGACAUGCUGGCUGACCCGGUUGAGCUCGGCAGGUUCGCUUGGGGUGGGGCCAUCACCGGUGUCGUCGGCUUCCUCAUCUGCAUCGCUGGCUUCCUCUCCAUCAAAGUCACAUCCCCCGUCACACAUAUGGUCUCGUCCGCUGCGCGCGGAGUGGUGCAAACGCUGCUGAGCGUUUGGUUCUUCGGGGAUCUGAUUACAGGUGCCCGCGCUACUUCCAUCUUUCUCAUCACCCUGGCGUCCAUGGGAUACGUAUGGGUCAAGCACAGCGAGCAAAAUCCGGCACCAGCGCGGAAGCAUGUUAUCUUCGACCAGGAGCGGGAAGAUCAAGUGCCGCUCACAAGCAGGAGGGAGGAGGUCUGA